UAUCCCAUGUGCGUUGUGCAGUGUAAGAAAACAGCCUAGCCUACACUCUUCACCAGACCUGUGGCACGAGGCACGAAUACUGAAUUCACACACGCACGCAUUGUUUGUACAACCGUUGUAAACAUGCCGAAAAAAGCAACAAAGAAGCAGACGGUCGCACAGCCUGCUGGCAAAAAAGGAAAAAAGGCACCAGCAAAAGCGCCGCCACCAGAAGAAAGUAGUAGUGAGGAAGAUGACAGCAGUGAAGAAGAGGAACAGGUUGUGCAAGUAAAGACCAAGAAAGCAAUGCCUGCCAAGCCUGUUAAAAAAACUGAAAGUAGUGAUGAAGACACCAGUGAGGAAGAGGAUGAUGAUGAUGCUGUUCCAGAGACAAAUGGAACAAAAGUAGUGGCUGCUGAUGAUGAUGACAGUAGCGAUGAUGACGAGGAAGCAGAGCAGCCUGCCAAAGGAAAAGGAGCAACCAAGAGGAAAGGGACAGUGGCACCAGUGCUAGUUUCGAAAAAGCAGAAAGUUAUUGCAGCCAAGGAGGAAAGCGAGGAAGACGAGGACAGUGAUGACGAUGACGACAGUGAAGAGGAUGAUGAGGACCAGUCAGCCAAGGCCAAUAAGAGGAAAAUGACAAAACAGGCAGCUAAAGAACCAGCAAAGAAAAAACAGAAAGCAAAAGAUGAAGAUAGUGAUGACGAGGAUGAGGAGGAAGACAGUGAUGAUGAGGAAGGCAGUGAUGAUGAGGACCAGCCAGCCGAGAAAGCUAAGCCAGCAGCAAAAAAACAGAAACUUAAUGAUUCACAGACAGAUGUCGAAGAAACAAUAACUCUAUUUAUUGGAGGUUUAGCAGCUGAUUCUACAGAGGAAGAAGUUCAGGAAUUCCUAUCUGAAAACGGGAUUGAAGUGUCAUCAGUGCGUAAACCUCCCAAGAAAAGGAAUGCAUUUGUGGACCUGCAAGAUUCAAAUGACUUGGACAAGGCAUUAGCCUUGAGUGGGUCAUCCUACAAUGGGUCUGACAUCACAGUGGAUAAAGCUAAACCAAGACAACCCAGAAAUGACCAGCAACAAUUUGGAGGCAACAAAUCAUUUAAUAGUUCCUUUGGAGGAAAUGAAGAUGACAGAGAUUCACGUACUUUGUUUGUUAAAGGAUUGCCAGAUGAUGUCACACAAGAUUCCCUUGGAACUGUUUUUGAAUCAGCUUCAGAUAUCCGAAUUCCCCAGAAAGAUGGCUAUCCGAAAGGGUUUGCAUUUGUUGAGUUUUCUGAUGCAAGUGCCAUGGAGGAAGCAAUGACGGAGAAACAAGGCGCCAAAUUAAGCGGAAGAUCACUGUACUUAGACUACAUGGGGAGCAAGAGUAACUUUAAGGCAAACCGAGGAGACAGAGGCGGGAGAGGAGACAGACGAGGAGGUCGGGGUUUUGGAGACAGAAGUUUUAAUGACAGACAUUCAAAUUCAGGUGCACGUGGUGAGACGAAGGUAUUGUUUAUCAAGAAUUUAAGCUAUGACACAGAUGAGUCCUCUCUGAGAGGUGUGUUUGAAGGUGCUUUAUCUGCACGGAUACCCACAUUCCCAGAUUCUGGUAAAUCGAAAGGGUUCGCUUUUGUUGAGUUUGGUUCCCCUGAUGAAGCAGCUAGUGCUUAUGAUACAAUGGCUGGAGAAACCAUCGAUGGAAGACAAGUGAGAAUUGACUUUGCAGCCGAGAAAAGUGGUGGUGGUGGCGGCGGCGGCGGAGGUCGUGGAGGCAGAGACUUUGGUCGCGGAUUUGGCCGUGGAAGGGGACGUGGAGGUGACCGUGGAAGAGGAAGAGGAGGCAGCCGUGGUGGAUUUAACAAAGCACGAGGCGGCAUUGUCCAAGGGGAAGGAAAAAAGAAAACUUUUGAUGACUCCGAUUAAAAAUCAAGCAUUUGUUUUAACCAACCGCAAAUAAAAAUCUGUCUGUAAGAGAAAACUUUUUACAGAACAGCUAGAAAAAUUCUCUUGUCCAAUUAUUUAAAAGUUCAGAAUUGGCCUCAACCAUAGUAUGUGUUAUUCCUGAAGAAGUAAAAUAUUUUGUACAUAGGGUAUACUUACAUUAAUGUUGCACAUCAAAUAGCAGUUUCACUUGGAGCACGAUUUAUACUGCGAUGAAAACCGGGGUGGGGGUCCUUCAUCUUUCUCCUCUCCGGUGAAUAAUACAAAUAAUUAUCAACGUAGAAUCAAAGCUGGAUUUUAAGUAGUAUGAACUGCAAAUUUUCAGAUAUUUGAGGUAUGCUAGCAAAAGGAGUUACUUCUUGGAUUUUAGCCCUAAAGACAUAGAUACAUGAAAUUUAUAGGUUGAGUUUUUGCCAUUCAUUAAUAUGAAUUGAUAAAAGACAAGAAGAACAAGGCAUCAGUUGAAAAUCAAUUUGACAGGUGUGUCAAUUUUGGCUUAUAUCUCCAUUCAUGGAUUGCAAGACGUGACUCAUUUGUCAGCCUGCCUCACAUUUGUGCUCGUGGGGGUCUUCUGUGUACCGGUAAUCAUUUACUCUGAAAGUCAUUUUUAUCCUACUUCUGUUGUAUCUGUAUCAUCUAUGAUACAUGUAGUAAAAUGUAAAGGAACAAAAUUGUGUACACGGUGCCUGUUUAUUUGGGAAAGCAAGAAGUAAAUAGAAGGUUGUAAACUUUACAACUUUGAAAAUUAUUCAAGGAGGCAGCUGUACAGUAAUAUUGUGUACCAUUUGUGAUGAACAAAGAUAAACAGGUCUGGACAUUAACACUUUUAUCAGGCUUUCCUCAAACUGGUAGAGUAAAUUGUUCAAAUUUCUUUUAUUACAUUAACACUUUCACUAAGGACUAAAAACGUUAAAUGUUUGGCCAUUUUCUUUCUCCAUGGCUGGCCGCCCAACACCAUAUGUAUUAGUAAUCAACAAAUUAAAUAUUAGCAAUCUUUAAAUACCGUACAGUAUAACAGGGAUAGGUCGAACACAGAAGACUCGAAAUUGUGCAUCCGUCAAACUGCCUGCGGUCCCGUAUUUUUUUUCUCUCCUUCUUUAUCUUUGUAAGAUAUCCCUUGAACUACCGAGGCCAGUCCUGACAAAUUUGAGCUGUUCGUGUUGUGCUGUAUGUAUUAUUAUAAUUCUAGCAAGUCUUUUUUCCUGGGAUGUAAUGGACAGGGUUUGUACGUUCAAGGAUGAAUGAAAUGUAAGCAAAAGCUUGAUGAAAUAGGGUCCCGGUGGGCUUGUCUUUUUAGAGUUACGGGAAGGGGAUGUUGUGACAUAUUUUCAAUUAUAAAAAUGUUUUAUAUCAUGACGAUUUUGUCACAUUCGUAAUGGUGGGUAGCCCUGUUUUUCAAUGGUGUCAACUUUUAGCAAAAAGCUCUUGUAUUAAGUUGUACAUUUGUUCAAUUAUGAUAUGUGUCAUGUCAUGGUGGAAUCAGGCGCUCGUCAAUUUUUGGUGUGGAGUUAUAGGUAUCUUCAUGAUGCCUCCAUUUGCCUUGCUUUUAAUGGAAAAAAAUGUCCAUUUGUCUUGGAUACAAGUCGAGAUAUUUGGCAAUUGAAGGAAGCAGAGGUCGCUUGGUUUCAGAGGUAUAAUUAGUGAGGAAAUGGCGGCCAAAGUUUAGUUAUUUCCUUAGCUUGAGAGUCCAUGGAAACUUAAAAAUUACAUCUUUCAUGCCGUUAAUGGUUUUUCAGUAAAAUCCACUCCGAAAUGAGUUCUUUCAUGAGCAUGAAAAGUAUAGAGCCAAAAUAUAAAAAUUCGAUAACAAUUCACAAAACCUACUGAAAAAUGCCAGUUUUUUCACUUUCAUUAUUUAGACGAGCGCCUGAUUUCACAACGCUGCCUCACAUAUAGGUGCAGCCACAUUUUACAUUUAUAUGGAUUGAGGCGUUCAACUUCAGUAACAUUUAUAUAAGAGUUUUAAAAGCUGUGCAUUGAACUUUAACUUUUGUCACAAAACUUUCGAUUUUAUAGAUAUGUCAUCAAUGCGUCUCCAUGGGACAUUGUUGUGUAAAAUGAUUUAUUUUCUCUUUUUUUGUAAAGACGCAAAUAAAAUCUAAACCUUAUUUCAUGAAA